CUAGUUAAUCCUUUUAUCAGGUUUAUCAGAUAGCAUUUUUUUGAUAUAUGUGUGUAUAUUAUAGUAACUAAACAAGAUGGAUAAGUUUCUUGUUAGUUCGCCUACUCAACUAUCACAACCAUUUGAUUUGAAUAGUGAUUCGUUAUUGCAUCUAAAUAAUAUUGAUUUAUAUAAUCUUGAUUCUCAAUUUGAGGAUACUACUACUGGGUCAACUGGUAAUAAUGAUGAAGAUACUACCUUGGUACCUACGGGUGGACCCGAAGAAGGCCAGGUCAAUCAAAGUAAUGACUCGUUGAAUGAAUUGGUUCCAGUGAGUUCAAAUAUGCCAAUGAAUAAAAUUAAUUUACCUCAACAUCUGAGAAAUUUCUCUAUUGAGAAUAAUAAUUUUAUGAAUUCAAUCCUGAAUAGUUCAUCAUUUAAUAAUUUCCAACAUCUGAAGAAUAUCUCAUUAGAUGAUCUGAACUCAAAUUUUAAUAACGGUGGGUUUAUUUCAAAUCAUCAAAAAAAUUUGAGUACUUCAUCAUCAUUUUCAAUAAAUCAAGAUCCUCCAAGUCAUAAUUUCCAUAACUCCCAUUCUUCUAAAUCGUUGGUUUCAAAUGAUGGGUCGGUCCCUCCUUUAACCCUGUCGAUUUCAACUCAAUCUUUAAGUGAUCUGCCCCAAUCUUUCCCUAAUCAAAAAAUCUCAAUUCAAACCCCCAGAAAACAAGGUAGAAAUAAACUGGCAUCCUUUUCUUCUUCGUCAAAUAAUAAUCUAUUCAAUACCCCUUUAAGAAAUCAACAACCCCAACAACCUCAAGCAUUAUCUCCGGUAAAUUAUCUUAAUUCUCAAUCAAAAAUCAAUAAAAACUCAAAAAUGAAGCAUUCUAGAUCAAGAUCAAGAAUAUCAAUCGAUCAUUCAAAUAAUCCAAUCAUGUUAUCUCAAGCAACUAGAUCUUCUUCUCUACAAAAUUUAUCGCUUAACUAUACUACCCAGUUGGCGCCUCCGGCUCAACCUCAACUGGCUCCUCAACUGGCUCAACUGGCUCCUCAGCUGAAUGCUCCUCAGCUGGCCCCUCCUUCAAUUCCUCAACUUCCUUUAAACCCCUUCUAUACUCCUUCUUCCUUCAUUAGUCCUAAGGUUGAUCAAGUUAAUGAAGAUCUUGAUGAUAUCGAUACUCCUCUACAAACUCCGGGUGCUACUUCAAAUCUUUCAAUGGCUAAUUUGUCAAAUGCUCGUAAUUUAAAUCAUACUUUUUUCAGUCCCAUUAAUAAAAGUUUACCCGGUAGCUCAAAACAGAAUAAUUUUGGUUUAAGAAAUGAUACUCUAGAAAAUAUUAAAAUUGAAGAUCAAGAUGAUGAUGCUUUUAAACAAUUACGUAAAGCUAAAUCUUAUUCUAACUUCACUCAAAAUACUACUGGCGGUAAAAAAUUGAAAAAUUUAUCUGAACACUUAGCCGAUGAUGAUCAAUUCGACCAAUUAAAAGAUUUUGAUGACUUAACUAAUCAACAACAACAACAACAGCAACAGCAACAACAACAAUAUCAACAACCUCCUCCACCUCCUCCACCUCAUCAUCAAUCUUUCACUCAUUUUGAUGAUAACUCUUCAAAUUCAACCCCGGGAAUCUAUUAUUCUCAAGAGUUUGCCAAUAAGUCCUUUAGUACUUUAUCUUCAAAUCAAACAUUACAAAAUUCAAAUUUCGAUUCUUUUAAUUUUGAUACUAGCUCUCAACCUAAUCUAUCAAGCUUUAAAAGUAAUUCUUCAAUUGAUUUAGCAUCUCCUCAAAUUGUUAAUAGAUCAAUUCCUGAUUUGAAAAGAUCUCAUACUACUUUCACAAAAUCUUAUCCUGCUUCUAUUGAUUUGGCAAGCUUGACUAGUGGUAAUACGCCUGGUGCUUCUUCUUUAUCUAAUCAUAACAAUCCAAAUUCUAGUGAAGAAGGCUUAUUACCACCUAUGGCUACAUUUUCAGUAUCUCAACAAUUUCAACAUUUACAAUAUCAACAACAAUUAUCAAAUUUACAUUAUCAACAAAGCCAAGGAUUUCAAAAUAAUCAUUAUUUUAAUAAUCAAAAUCCUCAACAGCAUCAACUUCAACAACCUCAAAUGUCAUUAAAUCAACACAAAUCUUCAAAUUCAUCUUCCUUUUCUCUGACAAAUACUUCAAAUCAAUCUAUUCAAGAAGUGGCUGAUAGUAUUUUAUCUUCUGAUUUGAAAUUACCAAUUAAAAAACUGGAAAAAACUGAUAAAGUUGAUCCAAAGAAAAGACAUCAAUGUCCUUUAUGUCAAGCAAGAUUUCAAAGACCUGAACAUGUUAAAAGACACUUGAAAUCUCAUUCUUCUGAAAAACCUUAUCAAUGUGAUGAACCUAACUGUGGUAAAAGAUUCAAUAGAAAAGAUAAUUUAAAAGCUCAUUUGAAAAAAAUUCAUCAUCAUUAUUAA